AUGCAUUUUUUAAAAGUCAGCGUGCCAGUGGACAGACUGACAGACUGACAGCCAACGACUGGCAUCGACAGCAACGACGACGAAGGCGGGCAGCGGCGAGCACGACGAGCACGGCGAGCGAUCGACUGCAUACCCACACGAUUAGCACUACUAGCCUUGCGUUGGCAUACCCGUCCACGAUGGACGUCUACUCGGUCUCGUUCACCCACCCACGCAGGUCCAGACAACAACAACACGUCCCGUUCGACCCGCAUCCGAGAAACAACUCUGAACACUUCCCCCUCCAACAUUCCCUAACACACCCAGUCGCCAACCAGGCCGACAACGACACCGUAGAAAAGCUCACAAAGCUCGCUUCCUCCCUCUUCAACGUCCAGGUCUCCUGGCUCCUCGCAGAUGGCGGCAGAAGCUGGAACUUCCACAUAUCUGGGGCGUAUCCACAGGUAAUGCAGGCUCGAGGAAUGCUGCUCAAAGAUAGUCCCGUGCAGCAUCGCACCACCAUCAAGGUCCCCCGUACAGAUAUCCUCGACCCUCCUUCCGCAAAACCUGUCCUCAAGCAAGAUGUCCGUCGUCGGCUGGACGAAAUCGCCUCCCUCACCUACGCACACAUCGCCGUCGUAAACUCACCCCUUUCCAUCUCCUCCCGUACCCCUCCAGAUGGCGUAUCCAGUACCGCAGGUUGGAGUGGUCUUGAGACAGAACGCGUAUGCGAACUCGUCAUUACCGGAUCAAGCGACGCGAUCGAGCUGGCCCGCGUUCGCUUGCUCGUCAUGCUCGACGAACUGAGUGGACUCCAUGCCGAACCCUGCGAAAUCGACCAUAAACUACAUGCAAUCACCGCAGGGCGCAAGCGCAAUGUUCUCCAGAAGGUACAGGAAGACACCGCAACGAAUAUCUACUUUCCAUCACCGCUACAAGGUCUCGUCGGUCCCGAAAUCAUCACGGCCGCCACACUUCCGCAGACUCCCGGUCAACAACAUGUCACAGGCGUGCAGGCUGGUCCAGCUCAGGCACAAGCUUACAGUCCGAACGUGAUCUGGAUAACAGGCGAGUUCUUCGGGGUGCAGAGAGCCAAGGACAUGUUAUUCCAACUCUCCGUCCAAAAGAGCAAAGCGAUUCAAUCCCGCGAGACCGUCAUUCUACCUCGUAAACUUGACUGGAUGGUGCUCGACCGCGCCGACGACCUCAAGUCCAUCAUGUCAGACAACGCGACGUUUAUUCAAUUUCCACCCAUCGGGAGUAGCACAAGUCUCAUAGCAGUGUAUGGUGACCAUCUUGUCAACGUGCAGCGGACGAUCCGUAGCAUCAUGCAACUCGCAUGCCAACAUUACGUUGGAUCAUUUUGGCUCCUCCCCAUGCAAUUCAACGUCCUCCUUCCGCCGUCGUCGUUAAACCCAGCACAGGUCGCGACUUUGCUUAAGCAAAUCUCCCUCACCACUGGCGCGGAAAUUGUGUUUAAGAGUAACUGCUUCGAGAUUCAUGGACUGGAAUACGAGGUAAGAGCUGCCGUUAGCACCAUCCUUGAUUUGGAUAUCGUCAAGCCGUUCCACCACGAGAUUCGCUUCCAGGUUGAGCUCGCCAACGAACAUCGCGAGUUCAUCUCGGGUAAGAAAAAUGGGAAAAUAAACAAAAUCAUGCAAAGCACGGGGGUCAAGAUCAAAUUCGAGACCUUCAACGAACACAACUUCUUGAUAGACCUUUCCGGCUCGGACGCGUCUGUGAUCCAAGGUCUGACAUUGCUUCAGGAAGAACUACCCGCAGAGAUUUCCUUCCACGUCCCCGAAGCAUAUCACAAGCGUAUAAUCGGUAUUGGCGGGCGGAAUAUUCAACGGAUCAUGAAGAAAUACGGCGUGUAUGUCAAGUUCUCGAAUGCAGAGGAGUUCGCGGCUUUGGGCGGAUACAACGACAAUGAGGACAAUGUGGUCGCACGGACACCAUCCAAGAAUGCGGUCAAUUUGGAUAACCUAAAGCAGUCAGUGAUGGAAAUCGUGAACCCAAAGGAUAAGGACUACGUCAACGAAACCCUUUCCAUCCCAAGGCGGUAUCAUCGCACGCUUUUGGGAGAGAAAGGCAUUUUCAUUCACGAUAUCGAGACCAAGACAAAUUCGAGAGUGCGGUUCCCGGACAAGGAGACAGCGUCCGACCUGGUAGUCAUCUUUGGACCGGAAAACCAGGUUCAAAUUGCUGCUGCGAUGCUACUGGAACACGUGCCGUUCGAGGCAGAUAUGGCCGUUCCCCCGAGCCCUGAUCUCCCCAGGGUCUGCGCAUCAGCGGAGUUCAGCGCAUUCAUCGAACGCAUCAAACGGGACUUCCAGGUUUCCAUCAUGCCCACCAUUAAAUCCACAGCUCCCGUGCACACGAAUGGGUCAAGUAGCUCUGCCGAUCACGGCCAGUCAUCUUCACAGGCCCAGGGAGCACCAGGGGAUUGCAGCUUCAAGUUCCGUUGCCAACGAUCCAAUACCGAUUUCCUGCUCGCAGCGCGGGAGUUGCUCGAGCAGUUUUUGUUGAAUCACAAUGUGCAUGUGUACCCGUCUGCAACGGCGCAUACACAUAAGAGAGGCGACUCUUUCGCCGAAGCAUUCCCCCACUUUGACAGCAAAGUGUUGACAGCUAGGCGGCACGAGUCUGUCGAGUUGUCACGAUCCGAGAUCCUCGGCGAUCGGAGGCUUAGGCUUGCAAAUUCCUCACCCGACGUGAAGGCGUUGUUUAACACACCACCCUACAUCUACGAUUUGGAUGAACGCGAGGACUCGCAGUCUGCGUAUGGCCCUCCGGGAUCUGCUGGGCUCGAUUAUUGGACACCACUACCCCCGAUCGGAACGGGCAUUGCCACACGUACCCGCAACACGGAAGACGCCCUGAAGCGCGGUUCCGAUUCGCUGCUGGAGUCCAAGAUCAAGGAACAAAUCUCGAAGCCGCGAUCCCUCCAGAACCGCGCGCAGUCCCUUGAUCUCACAUACUCACUAUCGCGAUUGACUGAUGCCUCCGCACGUCUUCCGCCGCCUGAGUCGCCGACUACGUCGACGGGCGGAACAGGCGGCAAUUCUAGCCCAACGUCGGCUACCGCUCCGUCCUUCCCUAGUGUGUAUGGGCCGCGAUCCGUCAUCGGCUCAUCUGCGCAACGGAAUGCACGAGUGAGAGAUUCUGAGGACGUGACGGACGAGGUUUCGCGAGUUAUGUCCAACCUUGGCCUCUGAACCAAGGUCUUUUCUUGAAGCAACGAAAAAAAAAGGAGCCGCAGUGAAAAUUUUUAGAGGGACGACAGCCUGCAUGUGUACAUACCCUCUACGGAGGGUCA